AUGGACCGUCACGGCAGGCCUGAUGAGGAGAUGUUCCUCAACAAGCCCGCUGACGACUGCGACAGCCCGACCAUCGAGCCUCUGAGGAUCUUCAAGCCCCAGAGCCCGAACCCCCAGGAGCGCUUCAAGUAUCCUACACCGUCGGCCUCCAAACCAACCUUUCCGCUGCCGCCGGGAGCUUCAAGUUCUGCUGCACCUCUGCCUUACCCAGACGACGAGGAUCUGCGCCCAAGCAGGCCUGCCACCUCGAGCCGUCCUCCCUACCCGGAGGAUGGUCGCCGGCCGUCGGGCAACAGGAUUUACACAAGCCCCACGGGAUCCGCAGGCUCUGGUGGUCUCAACGACACGACGCCGCGGCUGGAUACCAGUCCCAUCGACAAGAGGGGACCAGGCUUGGCAGAGAGACGGGGUACUGCCCCCAAGCCCCUGCCAGGAGCUCUCAGCCCUACAAGCCCGGCAGGUGAUGACGGAGGUUUGUUUGCGAAACCCCUUGGCGCUCAACAGAAACCGGCUGCAGCUUCGGCUACCAACUUCCCCGACUAUCACAACAAGCCCUACUAUCCUCCACCAAAAGCCAACUCUGCCAGCUCCAACUCCAGCCCAGGGAGUCAUGGUGGGCCGCAGGAGGCCGACAACAACCUAUUGAAGAUGCCGGGUGGGAGUAGCGUCAACAGGUUUGCCUCGACGGCUUCUACUUCUACGACUAGAGCAAGUCGGGGGUCACCUCCCCCGCCCGAGACUCCUAUUGUCGAACCAGGCCAGAUUCCCGGUGGCGACAUCGAAGCUCGAUAUGCUGCAGCUGGCAUCUCGGGCACGGCUACCCUGAACAGUCUUCAGAGCUCUGCCGCAGCACAGAGGUUGGCACAGUAUAGCCAGCAGCGUCCACCGGCAGCGCAACCAGGCCCAGCUCGUCCCUGGACUCCCACCGAAACCCCUGAACAACAACCCCAUGGCCCUCCCACAGUUUAUCAGGGGGCGAAUCCCGUUUCCAGCGCCGGCCCGGCUAAUGCCAACCCAGCCAGGCCCUCAACGUCGUCGGGCACUCCCGGUCCUCUACAAGAAAGUGUGCUUGAGCAAGACUUUAGGCGCAUGCAGAUGUCUGAUCCGCCGCCCGCUUAUUCAAGCAUCAACACUGGAAGUGGAACGGGCUACCCUGCUGAAAAGCAACGACCAGGUGCUGCUCAGGCGAGUUCUUCCAGUUCAACCCCGGCGCAGGCAGCGCAAUCCGCGUCUUCGCCACCGAAGAAGCAAGCGGAUCCCAUUGCCGCGGGUUUGGCCUCUCCUGCUUUGCAACACCCAGGCCAUCCUGCUUUCGCCAACGAUCCUAGACCGGAGAGCGUGAGCAAUGGAUCAUCGUCAUCACAGCCCGCGCAGACGCCUUCGCCUUUCCAGGGCCAAGGACCUAGCUCUCCGCCCCCGUUGCCGGAGGGCUGGAUUGCCCAUCUCGACCAGAACUCGGGGCAGUAUUACUAUAUUCACUUAGCUACUCAAGCGACGCAGUGGGAGUUUCCCAAGGGCCCCAACCCGAUUCACCACGAGGCUGCCCCAUUAUCUCCCACGGCCUCAACCUAUGGUAACCCGCUAGCAUCUCCGAUGUUUGCUGGUAAACAGUCUGCGAUGGCCUCGCCCAUGUUCCCUCCGCAGACGCCUGGCUAUGCAGAGAGUAUCAUGAGUGUAGCUGCUUCGGCUGCACCUACAGCAGGAUUCACGGGGCCUCCGCCUAGCGCGGGUGUCGAUAUGUACAAGGUUCAGCCUACCAACGGCGUAUACUUUGGACCGUAUCUACGAUAUGUCAACAUGGACCUUGAGAAGGGGUUAUGGCUGGGAAGCAUCAUGAUAGUCACAGACGCGCCUCAGCCUCCUACGAUACAUGUUCACAAGAGUGUUGACUUGUCGCCCAACCCACAUCAAGUCACCCCUCACUCGAUUUACACCCACCAAAGAUGGCAGUUCUACAAGUAUGAUCUGAGCCUGCCGAUGGAUGACGGUGCUACUGAAAGGUGGACCUACGCUGUCACUUCGCAUCUGGGAUGUACAAGAUACGAGUUCGUUGUUGCCGGCAGACAUGAGAUCAACUGGCGUUUCAUUGCUCAUUCGGGCAACGACUUUGCGGCUAGCACCUCCCAAAAUGAGCGGAGCAAGCUGGGUGGUGUGGGCUUCAUGUGGAAAGACGUGCUGCAGAAGAACGUGGACUGCGGUGGCUUUCACGCACAACUUGGUCUAGGUAACCAGAUUUAUGGCGACCGACUGUGGAAAGAGGUUCCGCUGCUGAAGCAGUGGCUGGCUAUGCAAGGCAAGGAGAAUCGGAGAACUGCUGGCUGGACGGCGCGACAUGAGGAGGAUGUGACGCACGCUUACUUCCAUUUUUACACGAGUCACUUUGAUCAACCGUUCCUUCGCGAGGCAUGGGCUCAGAUUCCCCAUGUCUGCCAGGUCGAUGACCAUGACAUCUUCGACGGGUACGGGUCAUACCCCGAUUACAUGCAGAAUUCCCAGAUGUUCAAGAACAUUGGACGGAUAGCGAUAGACAUGUACCUACUGUUCCAACACCACACCACGUUGGAGGUGCUACGAAACGUCAAUCAUGACUUGGACCUGUUCACGAUCACUGGCCAAGGCUGGCAUUUUGUCAAGUUUCUCGGGCCGGCUGUGGCUUUGGUCGGAGCUGAUCUGCGCUCAGAGCGCACUCAGAGCCGCGUCCUGGCUGGCCCGACGUAUCAAGGGCUCUUCCCCAAGGUUGCUACCCUGCCACCCAGUGUGCAACACUGCUUAUGGAUGCUUUCGGUGCCCGUAGUGUAUCCAAGACUCGACACUGUCGAAAGUUUGGCAAACACGUUUGCUACAGGCAAGAAGGCGGUGAACACGACCUAUAAUGUACUCGGAAAGGUGACCAGUUCCGUGGCUGGCAUAGUGGGUGGCAAGGAUAUGGUGGCCCAGGGCUUCACCCAAGUGAAGAAGGCAGUCGGAAAGUCGGGUUUGAUGGGCAAUGUUGUCAACCAGUUCGGCGACUUGGACAUCAGCGAGAUUCUCAAGGACAUGUGGACACAUGAGUCGAAGGACCUCGAGCGCACGUACCUGAUUCGAACACUUCAAGGCAUCGCUCAUCAGAAGGGCAUCCGGAUGACUUUCCUGUCAGGAGACGUUAAUUGUAGUGGAGCUGGUCUGGUUCAUGACCCAGCCCAUCCAAGCGACCACAAGACCAUGUAUCAGAUCAUCACGUCGCCCAUCGUUGCGGCGCCGGCCUCUAACUACAUCCUGAAGAUGCUGCACAGCAACAAGUCGUACUAUGUACCGGCGAACGGGCAGAAGUCCAACCAUGAGGUAUCGGACACUAAGGAGGACAUGAUGGAGAUCUUCCACACGGAUGCUUCGGGAUCAGCACGCGAGCUGAAGAAACUGAUGGGUCGGCGCAAUUACGUCGCCUUUGUGGCGUAUGAUCCAGAGGCCAUCCCAGGCACACAGUACAGCGCCAGCGUGGCAAAUGGCCAGAGCCAGGGGCUGAGCAAGCUGAGCCUGGCGGUCGACUACGUGGUACAGGGCGACGGGGCGUUCACGACGCCGACCAAGUACGGGCCGGUUAUCGUACCACAUCUGGAGUUUGGGCGAUAA